CAAUGCAACCAAAUCAACAACUCCACAAACCGUCACGAAUGCAUUACAACCCGUCAACCAAUCUCCGACAUCUUCAACACCAACAACUUUAGAUUAGACAGAGAAACAAAACAAGAGAAGACUCGUGGACUGUUGCAGCCGCUGAUGCGUGUAAACCAGGUGACAUCACCAAUGACGUCAUCACCCCUGAAUGUUUUCCUUUUCUUCAUGGCGAUUUCGUAACCCUAACUUUUUCUAACCCUAAUUAAUUCAUCAGCCCAAGCUUCCACGGUUACGGAGAUGCCGGAGGUGAAAUUGCUGUAUGUUGUGGUGGAAGAUGAUGAGGAAACGAAGGGGAAGGAUGAUGAAUCGUCGUUUCGAUAUACGCGGCCGGUUCUGCAGAGUACUUUGCAGUUGAUGGGAUGUAAAGCGCGUCACGCGUUUAAGAUAAGUCAAAGGGUGUUUGAAGUUAUGAGGAAGAAAGGGUUAGAUGAUAGUUCGGGUGGUAUAGAUGUGAUUCACUGGGGGAAUGAUUUGUUGAAAGUGCACCCUCUGAAAGAGAAUAGUUGUGAUAUUAAUAAUAGGUCUGAUAAGAUAAAUGGAGGUGAUCAUAUGGGUCAGGAAAAAGAUGGGAAGCGUUUUGAUUUGUACAAGAAACGCACGACGGUUGUUGUCAAACGGAGGAUUUUCGUAGAUGUUGUUUGUGAUGCUUUGUCUGAAUAUAAGUAUGUUGGGCCCAAUCAAAGAGCUGAUUUUGUUUUAGCCUGCAGAAUUCGUGAAAGGAAGGAAUCGGUUACUGUGUUACUUUGUGGUACCAGUGGAUGUGGCAAAUCGACAUUGUCGGCUUUGCUGGCCAGCAGGUUAGGGAUCACAACCGUUAUAUCUACAGAUUCAAUACGGCAUAUGAUGCGAAGUUUCGUUGACGAAAAUCAAAAUCCACUCCUAUGGUCUUCUACUUACCAUGCAGGUGAACAUUUAGAUCCGGUUGCUGUUUCUGAAGCCAAGGCCAAAAGAAAGGCUAAAAAAGAAGUCAACGGUGGAUUUGAUGCUUCCGCAAAUCAACCCGCAUCUAAGGAUGGUUCUGGUUUGACCACAGUUGACUUGAUUAGCCCUAAACAAAUGGCCAUUGAGGGAUUCAAGGCACAGAGUGAGAUGGUUAUUGAUAGUCUUGAUCGGCUUAUAACCGCAUGGGAAGAACGGAAAGAAUUAGUUGUUGUGGAGGGUGUUCAUUUGAGCCUUAAUUUUGUGAUGGGUUUAAUGAAGAAACAUCCGUCAAUCAUACCGUUCAUGAUAUACAUAACAAAUGAAGACAAACACAUGGAAAGAUUCGCGGUUCGUGCAAAGUAUAUGACUCUGGAUCCCGCCAAAAACAAAUACGUAAAGUACAUUAGAAAUAUCAGAACAAUACAAGAAUACCUAUGCAAUCGAGCCGACAAACAUCUAGUUCCAAAGAUAAACAACACAAACGUUGACAAAAGUGUUGCGGCAAUACACGCAACGGUUUUCAGCUGCUUAAGAAGACGCGAAGCUGGAGAACAGCUUUACGAUCCCACCACGAACACGGUUUCGGUAGUUGAUGAAGAGUAUAGAAACCAGUGUGCGGCUAAUUCACUUGGGUCAAAAGGAAUGUUUCAGUUGAUUCAACGACAAGGCUCUUCACGACAUUUAAUGGCUCUGUUGAAUGAUGAUGGCUCGGUUGCGAAAGCGUGGUCUGCUGAAGAUGGGUUAGGUGUGCCGAUGUAUGAACCGGUGCGAAUCGGGAAAUCUGAAUCGGUUAACCUGCAAUUCGGUAAUUUUGGAAUUAGUGCUUGGCCGACUGACAUUGGGUGCACUAGUCAUGCUAGUAGUGUUGAGGACUCGAGAGGUGAGCUUACUGAUAAUGGUAGUAAAUAUUAUUCUUCAUGUUGUAGUUCACCUAAGGUCUCCGAAGGACAUGCUAAAGAGUUGAAAGAAGAGAUGUCAGCGUAUGGUAGUGAUGAAGAGGUAGAUGAUACGCGUGAAGAUGAUAGCGAUGAGGAUCUUAGUGAUGAUGCCAAAGAACAUAUGCAUGAAGAGAUGGAAGGGUCAGUUGAUGAGGAAUCAACUAAAUCAGAUGAGGAGUAUGAUGAUCUUGCCAUGCAGGAUAUUCAAGAAAACGGAUACUACACCGAUGUAGAAUUUGAAUCCAACAUAUCCGGCAACCAACGCGAUACACUAACAAGCACUCAUACCGACAAGUAUAAACAAAAUCUUGACCGCUUUUUGAAAAACAAACGCGAGUCAGCAACCGAUUCACAAGUGAUCAACUCAAAAAGAUCGCCAUCUUCGGGUGGCGUUAGAGUCAGAGGGCGGUCCUACAGCAUUUCCGCCUCUGGGAAAGACGAGCCUGUAAUGGAUUCACUAGUGGUUAACGCGAAAAGAUUGCCAUCUUCGGGAAGCCUUAGAGUCAGAGGGCGGUCAUACAGCAUUUCGUCCUCUGUGAAAGAUGAGCGAGUUAGCACGCCCGUUUCUAGAGCCUCAAGCGGUGUAAAGGCAGAGUCUUGAGCCUGUUCGUUUCCGGUGGUUUUAAUCAUUUUUAACCUUUGUAUCAUUUAUAAUAUUUCUUGUGGCACCCACCAUUAAAACUCUUGUACCCAUGUCGAGCUUUUGUUCUAGUCCUUAGUUAAAACUAGUCUGCUUAUGGUUUGUAUGGGGUGGCGUGGUUGUGGUGUUUGUGACAUUGUCACGUUUUAGUCUUUUACAAUAGGUGCAAUUUCUCUUUAUCAUUUCA